GAGACAAAAGAGUCACUUUUUCCUUGUUCUGCCACACAGCUGUUACAACCAAAGUACUCCAAAUCAGAACCAUGUCGGGAAAGGACAAGAUCGCUAUUUUCCCAUCUCGAGGAGCGCAGGCUGGUAUGAAGAUUCGUUUAAAGGGCGCCGAAACGGGACAUCGUCUCUUGAAGAAGAAAGUCGAAGCUCUGAAAAUUCGAUUCCGGUCCAUUUUGAAGAAAAUCAUUGACACUAAGCAAAUGGUUGGCGAAGUCAUGAGAGAGGCGGCCUUCUCCCUUGCUGAAGUCAAAUUCCAAACAGGAGACAUCAAUCAGUACGUGAUCCAGAAUGUCUCCACGGCUCAGGUGAGAAUAACCUCCAGAAAGGACAACGUAGCCGGUAUCAAUCUGCCCGUCUUUGAGAGCAACGUCGAUGGAAAUGAUCGCUACGAAUUGACUGGAAUCGCUCGCGGUGGCCAGCAAUUGGCCAAGAUGAAGAAAUGUUACCUACAAGCUGUUAAAUUACUGGUGGAUUUGGCUUCCAUGCAAACGUCUUUCAUCACUCUAGACAAAGCCAUUAAAGUCACCAAUCGACGUGUCAAUGCCAUCGAACACGUCAUCAUCCCGAGAAUCGAGCGCACAUUGGCCUACAUCAUCUCCGAACUGGACGAAAUGGAACGCGAAGAAUUUUACAGACUCAAGAAGAUUCAAGACAAGAAGAAGAUUUUGCGCAGCAAAAAAGAAGCCGCAUUGGCCGCAAGCCUCGCUGAGAAACAGGAAAAGCCAGCGAGCUUAAUUGAAGAAUACGACGAAGAUAUCAUGUUCUAAUAAAUCAAUACGCAAUAUUAAAAUACAGAGAGCCCGGUUUAACCAAUUAUUAUAAAAAUAGUAGAAUCAUAAAAAUGGAUUGGAUGGAAUAUACAAUUGUUGGAAACGUUA